AUGGUCCCGCGCUGGGCGCUGUGCCUCUUGGCGCUGACCGCGUGCGCCUCCUCGAGUGGAGAGCCUGUGCGGUGGGUUGCAACCAUCGGGGAUGCGAAAACAUCCUUACAGAUAUCAAGGCCACGUCCCGUCGACAACAAAGACAAUCCAAUAGGCUACGAAGGGAUGGCAGAAGGUGUCAUCUACUCGCGAAGGCCACUGCAGUUCACUGAGCAUACGCACGUGAUGGAAGGCCAUGAGAUUGCCGAAGCGCCGGUGACACCAAAUCAUACGCUUUGGGACUCCGCCUCUAAGGGUCACUUGGGCGGCGUGGUGGAGGCCCUCAUGGACGGCGCGCACGUCGCCACGCGGAUGGGCGCCUACGGCGACACCCCGCUGCUGAUCGCCGCCGCUCGCGGCCACGCACGCUGCGUGCAGUACCUCCUGGCCGCGGGAUCGGACCCAGACGCCUCCGACCUGGUCACGGAUUCCCCCGCCACUUUCUGGGCGUCCCAGAACGGCCACCUGGGGGUGGUCUCCGAGCUCAUCCGAGCAGGCGCGGAUGUCAACAAGCCCGAUCGGAUGUCGUUCACGGCCCUGGAGGUGGCGGCGGAAGUCGGCCGACCAGCUAUUGUGUCAGCGCUCCUCGACGCCGGCGCGGAUGCGCGGCACGCGGACGCUCUGGGAAACACCGCGCUGCAUCUGUCGACCGUUACUUUGGGCAGGCGCAGCGUGAGGAUUGCCAGGAGGUUGGUCCAGGCGGGCGCGGAGGUGGACGCGGCUUCCGGCGACGGGACGACGCCGCUGAUGUGGGCAGCGAGUUUUGGGAACGUGGGAUCGGCAAGGCUGCUGCUGGGGAUGGGCGCGGAGCGGAGGAGGGUGAGCGCGGCAGGAGAGGUGCCGGCCGACAUGGUGUGCCGGUGCCUGGAGUCGAGGGGGAUGGAGCACCUGCUGCAGUGCCCGGAGGAGGGCUGCGCAGGAGGCAUCGCGCCGGAGGUCUUGAGCCAGCUGUUUUCGUAG